AUGGGUAAAUGGGCUGCCACACCGAAGAAAAGUUUGAAGAAAGUGCACAAGACAACGGUUUCGCCGGCAAGCCUGGCGUCGGGAAAGGUGCCACAGAAAGGUUCGCUGCGACCACUCAUUUGUGUGGUGACCCCGUUUGCGAACAAGGCUGCUAUCUUCACAGAGCGUAACGGACGUGGUGUCUUGGCUGAAGCGGCCGAUGCUUGUUCCUUGUGGGCAGUCUUCUUGAUUGCGGGGAAGGAUGUGGGCAACUUCUUGCAUCGCCUGGAUCAGCAGCUGGGUACGUUCAUGGAGAGCCGUGGCACUACGUGGGAUGCCUACAUUGACGAACAUUGUGUGAAAGUGUCAACCUCCAAUGGGUAUGGCCCACUCAACAUCGGUGUGAAGAACUGGUCUCGUGCUGUGUACUUUGCCGUAGAAGAGCCAAGCAAUGAAGUUGUGGCAAUGAUCAACAUGCUGGAUGAUUUCUCCAAAUGGCGACUCACUGCAAUGCAAAAGUCAAACCAAUUCGAAUUCAAAUACCUCAAGAACCAUUUGCGCGAGUUUGAGUCUCCUACAAGUGCUAAGCAUUUGAUCGGCGUGGUGGAGUUCCAAGGGCAGACCGGCCUCAUCACACUUUAUGGCGAUGGUUACGUUCAUCGUCAAGGUUUGCAAGACUAUGCAGAAGUGGUGGAGAGGGAUGGGCGCAAUGAAUAUGUCUAUUCCACUGGGUAUGUGACAUUGUUACGGCCAGUACCGGAGUUCCUGGACGUGCAUACCGUUCGAUGUUGGAAUGCUUUGCUGGACAUGCCCCACCUCAUCGGGCAGAAGGUCACAACAGGGGCGGAGGCACCUGAGAGCGGCAAGGUGAGCACAACCGCGGUACGAGCGAUGGAUAGGUGGGAUGCUGUGGAAAUUUAUGGCUGGGUAGGAGAGCGUACCCUGACGCUGGCCAGCGGUGCCAAGAUGCCAGCCAUUGGCAUUGGCAUGUGCUGCCGACCUACGGCUUAUCACCAAGAGAGUGUCUACAAUACGAUCCUGUGGUACUUGCUCCAGGGUGGCCGUCACAUCGACACUGCUGAGAUCUAUGGCAACCACGUGGCCAUCGGCCAGGCUCUCAAGGAGGCGGCCAAGCGUGGCGUGCCACGGGAGGAAGUCUUCCUCGUCACCAAGGUCUGGCCAGAAGACUUUGGAUACGAUUCUACCGUGCACGCUGUGGAGAGGAUGCUACAGGAUCUAGGCGUGGACUAUAUUGAUGUGGUCCUGAUGCAUGCGCCAAGGAAGCUGGCGCCCCUCUUGGUUUGGCACAUGUACAUGGAGGGCUCUGUGGACGAGUUUUACAACCACGGCUGCAAGAACCAUGUGGCAUGCCGACGGAACACGUGGAAGGCCAUGUCCGAGCUGAAGGAUCAAGGGAAGAUUCGUGAUUUGGGUGUGAGUAACUUCCAGAUUGACCAGAUGAAAGAGCUUCAGGCGUUGAAGCUGGCGCCCAUCUCGGUGCAUCAGUUUCAGUAUCAUCCUUGGCUGCCGGAGUUUCAGCAAAAGGUCGUCGAGUUCUGCCAUGCAAACAAGAUCGCCAUCACUGCCUACAAUUCCCUCGGAGGCUUCAAAGACAAGGACAAGGCGCUGGUGAUUGAGGGUCUCAAGGCGGUGGGCAAGAAGCACUCCCGCUCCACAGGCCAAGUGCUGCUGCGCUGGGCUCUGGAGAAGAACGUCAGCGUGAUCCCAGGCACCGGAAAUCCCAAGCACAUCAAGGAAAACUUGGGCGUCUACGACUUCUCUCUGAGCCCCGAGGAGGUGAAGCAGGUGGACGAGCUGUCCAGCGAUCCCAUCGCGGAGGACUUCAUCUUCUUCAAGCUCUAA